AAUUUCGAACUGGCAGAAGAUGUGCAUUGAAAAAUGGGAAGAUAAAAUGAAUAUUUGGUAAUAAAUUCUUUCCAAAAAUUGGUAUUCCGCCUCCAAUUAUGUUAAAAUCCCAAAAUCUUCCAAAUUAAUUACGCGCCACCUCCAUGUUAGUAUAUAUAAGAAAUGCCAUUCCAAGGAACAAUGCAAUUGCUUCCAUAUUCUCAAAUCAUACUCUUAUUGGCUUAAUUUUGUUUUGUUCUGAAUAUCAGAUCAGAGAUGACUCGGAAGAAGGUGAAGCUGGCCUUCAUCACCAACGACUCGGCCCGAAAGGCGACGCUGAAGAAGCGAAAGAAGGGGCUGAUGAAGAAGGUGAGCGAGCUGAGCACGCUGUGCGGGAUCGACGCCUGCGCGAUCAUUUACAGCCCGUACGAGAACCAGCCGGAGGUGUGGCCGAGCACGGCGGGGGCGCAGCGGGUGGUGGCGCAGUUCAAGCGGAUGCCGGAGAUGGAGCAGAGCAAGAAGAUGGUGAACCAGGAGGGGUUUAUCCGGCAGAGGAUCGCCAAGGCGAGCGAGCAGCUGAAGAAGCAGCACAAGGAGAACAGGGAGAAGGAGAUAACGGAGGUGAUGUAUCAGUGCUUGACGGGGAAAGGGCUUCACAGCUUAAUCCUCACGGACCUCAACGAUCUCGCAUGGCUGCUUGAUCAGAAGCUCAAGGAGAUCAGCAAGAAGAUGGAGGAUCUCAAGAAGGCUGCUCCGCCGGCGGCGGCGGCGUCUCAGCCUGCCGCCGCCGCGCCGCAGGAGGAGGGGAUAGAUUUGGGGCAAAGGCCGCCGCCGCAGUGGUUUGCGGAGUGGAUGAUGAGUAACAAUCAGCAAAUGGGGUUUGAGCAUGGCGGCGGCGGCGGCGGAGGAGGAGCGGAGGAGAUGAUGAUGCCACCUUUCAAUGAGAAUCAUCACCCCAUUCCUAUGUGGCCUGCACCUGGUGGCGCCUUCUUUCCUUAAUUCAGAUCAUAUCAUAUCAUAUCUGCAUUCUAUCUUUAUUUAAUUACAUCCGAUUUACAACAUUCAAUUAUUACUAUUA